AUGACAUUACAACUUCAUGUCUGGGGAACUGAAUCCAAAAUCUCCUUAAUCUCACCUGAAUGUCUUGCAUCAUCUUGGUUACUUUGUUUAAUCUUAUCCCCUAAGAAUAUCCCAUUUGAAAUCAUCCCAUCAAAUAAUACAAAUCUAUCCGAUAUAAAUAAAUUACCAGUCUUAAUAAUCAACGGCAAUGAAAAAUGUAAUGGAUAUAAAUCAAUAGUCGACUAUCUCGAAACUACCUAUCCAAACUCAUCCAAUUCAUCAUACAUAAAUCUGAAUUCAUUGGAUAAGAGAUAUCAAUUAAGUAAUUUAUGUUUAAUCAAUAUCUUAGAAACAAAACUCGAAUAUAUAAAUCAAUAUAAUUUAUAUUCAAACAACCAAAAUUAUGAAAAAUAUACACGAAAAUUAUUUCAAUAUUAUUUCCCAUUUCCAAUGAUGUAUAACCAACCUAUGAAAUUCUAUAAUCAUGCAAUUGAACAAGUUAAAUUAUUAGGUUUAAAUCGAACCAAAACAGGGUUUUUCGGCUUGGGAGGUGGUGGAGAUGUAGAAGUUGCCGAAACGGAAUAUUUCAAUGAUGAACUCAGUGAUAAUGAUGAGGAUGAAGGAGAAGGGGAGAAGAAGGUAGUAUUGAGUUCCUUACAUGAACGUCAAUUAAUCUCAAAAUCGAAAGCAAAUCAAAUCUUAGCUGAAUCAAAAAAUUCAAUGAGAUGUUUGGGAUUAUUGAAUCAUUAUAUAAAUGAAUUUAUUCAGACUUAUAAAUCAUUCAAUCAAGAUACGGAAGAAUCAUUUGGAACUAUUUAUUCGGCCACUACUCCCUCAUCGGCGGAGAUUUUGUUAUAUGCGUAUAUUUCAAGUUUGAUUAGUGAUGAAUUACCUGAUGGAUUUAUACUGAGUUAUUUAAAUCUGAAUCAUGGAGAGUUUGUGAAGUUUUGUAAUGAGCAGAGUAAUAAGUAUAGAUCUAUAUUACAAGAGAAUAAGGAUAAGUUUAGAAAACCUGAAGGUAUUGAAAUACCUAAUUUAUUAAAUGAGAUUGGAUAUUGGAUUGGUACAAUUAAAUAUUAA